AUGGCAGUGGUCGGAAACCGAAUGCAGCUGACGUCAUUGCUCCUCUUAUGUAUCCUCACCUUUGCAGUAAUUCCGGCAUGGGUGGAAGCGCAGGUCUCAUGCGACGGCAUCAGAACCCAACUUUCACCGUGCGCGAACUACGUGAAGGUAGGCGGUGAUGUACCGGCGGAGUGUUGUCUGGGCCUGAAAACCGUGGCGAAUAAUUUAAAGACGAAGCUAGAUAGACAAAGAGCUUGCCAAUGCAUAAAAGAUGGAGUUGUUAAAGCCUCGCCGGAGCAGCUAAAACGGGCUCAAGGUCUCCCGAGUUAUUGUAAAGUUCCCUUGCCGUUUAAGAUUGGUGUGGACGUUGACUGUUCAGCAGUACCAAAAAAAAUGAAGAAGGUGACCGGCGUCACCUUCUUCUUGGAAGAGGAAUCGACCUUAUUCUUGGAAGUGGAAGCGACGUUUGGUCGCCUCCUUCUCCAGGGAGAAGGCGACCAACGUCGCCUUCUUCCUGGAAGAGGAGGUGACGCUUGGUCGCUUCUUCCUCAGUUGAAGAAGCCACACUGCUUGCCGACUGAGGAAGACGGCGACUGA